UUUCUCUUGGCCGGACAGAACCACCUCCGCAUUCCGCGAUACAUAACUAUCAUGAAGAACUACUCACUCACUUUGGAAUUCACACUCCCUCUACUCCGUACCUAGGAGGAGUAAUGCUAUAUCAACCCUGAUAAGAUCGAUUCUCCCCACCCCCGUUCUGUCCUUCCCUCCGCCAACCUGCACCAUGCCCGUCUUCUCCCUCAUCAUUAUCAACAAAGCCGGCGGACUGGUCUACCAGCGCGAAUUCCAGCCGGGUCUCCGAAAACUCUCCACAAACGAUUACCUCGUUCUCGCGGGGACGUUUCACGGAGUCCACGCCAUCACCCGCUCAAUCACACCGAAACUCCCCCUCUCCAUACCUCCCUCCGCGUCCACAGCAACCACCUCCACAAGCACAAGCACAAGCACACCUGUCCCCGCUUCAUCCUCGCUCGCUUCGCCCUCCGGCACUGGCACUGGCACUGGCACUGGCACUGGCACCGGCACCGCAACGCCAACCCCGGCCUCGUCUGCCUACACAUACCCGAACCCAGGCAUCCCCGCGACAGGCCUGGAUACACUAGAAACAGACAAGUUCCGCCUCACCUGCUUCCAGACCAUGACGGGGACAAAGUUCCUUCUCUUCACGGAUCCGACGAUGGCGAAUAUCGACGGCGUCAUGAAGCAGAUCUACGAGAUUUAUGCGGACUAUGUGAUGAAGAAUCCGUUCUACCAGUUGGAGAUGCCUGUGCGGUGUGAGGCUUUCGAUAGGCAUUUGGGAGGUUGGUUGAGGGGGAGGGCUUGAUUUGUUUUUUCUUUCUUACCCUGGGGAUAAUGGCUGACGAAUUUGUAUUUUUUUUUUUUUUUUUUUUUUUUCUUUUUUUCCUUAUUAUUAUUUAGGAUUUUUAUAUGUAAUUAAUGAGCUUGGUGCUUUCGUAGACACUCGCUCCAAAA